AUGUGUGCUUGUGCUAACAGAUCAUUCUGUCCUCCAACAGACCGACAACGAGCUAAAGCUCUUGGCGACAUAUGCCAACUAAAUGAUGACAUUUCCCGAGCGAUUACAAUCGGUAUCGAUGAAUGUUUUUUACCAUUUCCAAUACCAAAUGUAGGGGAUUGGGUUACCGUACAUACGGAACAAGGUCAAACUGUUCAAGAAUUCGAGCGAACAGUACGAACGGUGCCACAUUCAAGUUAUAGGACAAUCUACGUACAACCCAUUGGGUCGUUCGACCAUCCAAGAGCACCUUCAUUGGAAACGAUAUGUGAAUUUUCACGUCCAUUUUUUCCUGGAUGUCAAAUAGAAAUUUUACCUCGAAUUGAUUUUACUGAUUUCUCAAAACAUGGUCAAAAUGGAAUGCGUAUCAAUCCAUACACAAAGCAACCACAAUAUUUGACAUCUUUUAUAAUUGGUCAUUUAAAAAAAAUGAAACGACGAGAACGUAAACAUGAUCGUCAAGAAUUAUUUUGCAUUGGCGUUACUAUGGCUGAUAUUUAUCCAGGAUCAAACUGGAAUUUUGUCUAUGGUUUAGCAUCUAUUGACGAUGGUAUUGGAAUAUAUUCAUUUUCACGAUUAGAUCCAUUAUUUCCAAACGCAGAAAUGGCUGGUCCUUGCACAGAUGAAGUACGAAUAUUAAUACUUAAACGUUCUAUAAGUGUUUUUGUCCACGAGGUCAUACAUUUAUUUGGUGUCGAACAUUGUAUCUAUUAUUUAUGUAUGAUGAACGGAACAGAAACUGAAGAAGAGAUGGACGGACAACCAUUGUAUUUAUGUCCAAUAUGUUUACGAAAAAUGUAUUCAGCAAUUGGAAAAGAGAAGAAACAUUUCAAUGUUAUACAAAUGUAUACGAAAAUUUUAGAGCUUUGUAAAAGCCUUCAUUUUAAAGAUGAAUCGGCAUGGUAUGAAAACAGAUUGAAUUUAUUGAAUAUAACAGCGAACAAUUAA